GUUCCCGGCCAGUGCUGAUGCUGUGCUGGGUCUCACGUACUCAGCCGCCGCCUGAUAACCAGGGCGGGGCCCGGAGCGUGCGGGCAGUGAUUGGCACCCGCCCCAGCCUGUCCGCGCCUCGGGCUGGCCCCUCAAGCCAAUACUGGCUCCUCUCUGUGCGGUCGUCGGGCGGGCCCUGAGGCUCCCUUGUCAAUCCGAGGCCCAGCUGCCGUUGGGUUGGUCGCGGCCGCCUUGGCUGGCGUGCUCCCCCUCCAAUGAGAAUGGAGCCGGUCAGCGGGCACGUGGGUGGGUGCCGGCGUGUCCCCGCCGGUCUGCCAAUGAAGAGGCGAGGCCGGCCUUUGUCCCCGCCCAAUCGCGGCGCGCGGUGGGCGGGCCGUGCGGUGUUGAUGGGCCCGGCGGAGGGGAGGGGCGGAGCUGUCAGCUCCGGCCAAUGGGCGCUCGGGCGUGGAUCCGGCAGCCAAUGGCAGUCGGGGCGGAGCUGGCGCGCGGCCUUAUAUGCCCCCCCACGAGCGCUCGCGGAGGGCUCGGUCGCCAGCAACCGAGCGGGGCCCGGCCCGAGCGGGGCCUGGGGGUGCGACGCCGAGGGCGGGGGAGCGCGCGCCGCUGCUCCCGGACCGGGCCGCGCAAGCCGCCUCAGGAACCAUCACCGUUGCUGCAGGCACCUGACAAAUCCUAGCGAAUUUUUGGAGCGUCUCCACCCAGGAACCUCGCCAUCCAGAAGUGUGCUUCCCGCACAGCUGCAGCCAUGGGGUCUGAGGACCACGGCGCCCAGAACCCCAGCUGUAAAAUCAUGACGUUUCGCCCAACCAUGGAAGAAUUUAAAGACUUCAACAAAUACGUGGCCUACAUAGAGUCGCAGGGAGCCCACCGGGCGGGCCUGGCCAAGAUCAUCCCCCCGAAGGAGUGGAAGCCGCGGCAGACGUAUGACGACAUCGAUGACGUGGUGAUCCCGGCGCCCAUCCAGCAGGUGGUGACGGGCCAGUCGGGCCUCUUCACGCAGUACAACAUCCAGAAGAAGGCUAUGACAGUGGGCGAGUACCGCCGCCUGGCCAACAGCGAGAAGUACUGUACCCCGCGGCACCAGGACUUUGACGACCUUGAACGCAAAUACUGGAAGAACCUCACCUUUGUCUCCCCGAUCUACGGGGCUGACAUCAGCGGCUCUUUGUAUGAUGACGAUGUGGCCCAGUGGAACAUCGGGAGCCUCCGGACCAUCCUGGACAUGGUGGAGCGUGAGUGCGGCACGAUCAUUGAGGGCGUGAACACGCCCUACCUGUACUUUGGCAUGUGGAAGACUACCUUCGCCUGGCACACCGAGGACAUGGACCUGUACAGCAUCAACUACCUGCACUUCGGGGAGCCCAAGUCCUGGUAUGCCAUCCCGCCAGAGCACGGCAAGCGCCUGGAGCGGCUGGCCAUCGGCUUCUUCCCCGGGAGCUCUCAGGGCUGCGACGCCUUCCUGCGGCAUAAGAUGACCCUCAUCUCGCCCAUCAUCCUGAAGAAAUACGGGAUCCCCUUCAGCCGGAUCACGCAGCAGGCCGGGGAGUUCAUGAUCACCUUUCCCUAUGGCUACCAUGCUGGCUUCAAUCACGGGUUCAACUGUGCAGAAUCUACCAACUUCGCCACCCUGCGGUGGAUUGACUACGGCAAAGUGGCCACUCAGUGCACGUGCCGGAAGGACAUGGUCAAGAUCUCCAUGGACGUGUUCGUGCGCAUCCUGCAGCCCGAGCGCUACGAGCUGUGGAAGCAGGGCAAGGACCUCACGGUGCUGGACCACACGCGGCCCACAGCGCUCACCAGCCCUGAGCUGAGCUCCUGGAGUGCAUCCCGGGCCUCGCUGAAGGCCAAGCUCCUCCGCAGACAAAUUAGUCUGAAAGAAAACAGACACUGGAGAAAGACUGAGGAGGAGAGGAAACCAAGUCUAGAAAGGAAGAAAGAGCAGACCAAAAGGCCGGGGCUGUCGUCUCACCGGAAACGGAGCCAGCCCAAGAAGCCGAAGCCCGAAGACCCCAAGUCCCCUGGGGAGGGUACGGCUGGGGCGGCGCUCCUAGAGGAGGCUGGGGGCAGCGUGAAGGAGGAGGCCGGGCCGGAGGCUGACCCCGAGGAGGAGGAGGAGGAGCCGCAGCCACUGCCACACGGCCGGGAGGCCGAGGGCGCAGAAGAGGACGGGAGGGGCAAGCUGCGGCCAACCAAGGCCAAGAGCGAGCGGAAGAAGAAGAGCUUCGGCCUGCUGCCCCCGCAGCUGCCACCCCCGCCUGCUCACUUCCCCUCAGAGGAGGCGCUGUGGCUGCCAUCCCCACUGGAGCCCCCGGUGCUGGGCCCGGGCCGUGCGGCCACGGAGGAAAGCCGCCUGCCGGCGCCCCUCAACGUCGUGCCCCCUGAGGUGCCCAGUGAGGAGCUAGAGGCCAAGCCUCGGCCCAUCAUCCCCAUGCUGUACGUGGUUCCUCGGCCAGGCAAGGCAGCCUUCAACCAGGAGCACGUGUCCUGCCAGCAGGCCUUUGAGCACUUUGCCCAGAAGGGCCCGACCUGGAAGGAACCAGUCUCCCCCAUGGAGCUGACGGGGCCAGAGGACGGUGGAGCCAGCAGUGGGGCCAGUCGCAUGGAGACCAAAGCCCGGGCCGGAGAGGGGCAGGCACCGUCCACAUUUUCCAAAUUGAAGAUGGAGAUCAAGAAGAGCCGGCGCCAUCCCCUGGGCCGGCCGCCCACCCGGUCCCCGCUGUCGGUGGUGAAGCAGGAGGCCUCAAGUGACGAGGAGGCAUCCCCUUUCUCCGGGGAGGAAGAUGUGAGUGACCCCGAGGCCUUGAGGCCGCUGCUGUGUCUGCAGUGGAAGAACAGGGCGGCCAGCUUCCAGGCCGAGAGGAAGUUCAACGCGGCGGCUGCGCGCACGGAGCCCUACUGCGCCAUCUGCACGCUCUUCUACCCCUACUGCCAGGCCCUACAGACUGAGAAGGAGGCACCCACAGCCUCCCUCGGAGAGGGCUCCUCGGCCACAUUACCCUCCAAAAGCGGUCAGAAGACCCGACCGCUGAUCCCCGAGAUGUGCUUCACCUCUGGCGGUGAGAACACGGAGCCGCUGCCUGCCAACUCCUACAUCGGCGACGACGGGACCAGCCCCCUGAUCACCUGCGGCAAGUGCUGCCUGCAGGUCCAUGCCAGUUGCUAUGGCAUCCAUCCCGAGCUGGUCAAUGAAGGCUGGACAUGUUCCCGGUGCGCGGCCCACGCCUGGACUGCGGAGUGCUGCCUGUGCAACCUGCGAGGAGGUGCACUGCAGAUGACCACCGAUAGGAGGUGGAUCCACGUGAUCUGCGCCAUCGCAGUCCCCGAGGCGCGCUUCCUGAAUGUGAUUGAGCGCCACCCUGUGGACAUCAGCACCAUCCCUGAGCAGCGGUGGAAGCUGAAAUGCGUGUACUGCCGGAAGCGGAUGAAGAAGGUGUCGGGUGCCUGUAUCCAGUGCUCCUACGAGCACUGCUCCACGUCCUUCCACGUGACCUGCGCCCACGCCGCCGGUGUGCUCAUGGAGCCGGACGACUGGCCCUACGUGGUCUCCAUCACCUGCCUCAAGCACAAGUCGGGGGGUCACGCUGUCCAGCUCCUGAGGGCCGUGUCCCUAGGCCAGGUGGUCAUCACCAAGAACCGCAACGGGCUGUACUAUCGCUGUCGCGUCAUCGGUGCCGCCACGCAGACCUGCUACGAAGUGAACUUCGACGAUGGCUCCUACAGUGACAACCUGUACCCUGAGAGCAUCACGAGUAGGGACUGUGUCCGGCUGGGACCCCCUUCCGAGGGGGAGCUGGUGGAGCUCCGGUGGACUGAUGGCAACCUCUACAAGGCCAAGUUCAUCUCCUCCGUCACCAGCCACAUCUACCAGGUGGAGUUUGAGGACGGGUCCCAACUGACGGUGAAGCGUGGGGACAUCUUCACCCUGGAGGAGGAGCUGCCCAAGAGGGUCCGCUCUCGGCUGUCACUGAGCACGGGGGCACCGCAGGAGCCCACCUUCUCGGGGGAGGAGGCCAAGGCCGCCAAGCGCCCGCGUGUGGGCACCCCACUUGCCACGGAGGACUCGGGGCGGAGCCAGGACUACGUGGCCUUCGUGGAGAGCCUCCUGCAGGCGCAGUGCCGGCCCGGAGCCCCCUUCUAGGACAGCUGGCCGCUCAGGCGACCCUCAGCCCGGCGGGGAGGCCAUGGCAUGCCCCGGGCGUUCGCUUGCUGUGAAUCCUGUCCUCGUGUCCCUGACCCCCGAGAGGCCACCUCCAAGCCGCGGGUGCACCCUAGGGCGACAGGAGCCAGCGGGACGCCGCACGCGGCCCCAGACUCAGGGAGCAGGGCCAGGCGGGCUCGGGGGCCGGCCGGGGGAGCGCCCCACUCAACUACUCAGAAUUCUAAACCAUGUAAGCUCUCUUCUUCUUGAAAAGGUGCUACUGCAAUGCCCUACUGAGCAACCUUUGAGAUUGUCACUUCUGUACAUAAACCACCUUUGUGAGGCUCUUUCUAUAAAUACAUAUUGUUUAAAAAAAAAAAGCAAGAAAAAAAGGAUAACAAAGGAAAAUGUCCCCAAAGUUGUUUUCUAGAUUUGUGGCUUUAAGAAAAACAAAACAAAACAAACAUUGUUUUUCUCAGAACCAGGAUUCUCUGAGAGGUCAGAGCAUCUCGCUGUUUUUUUUUUGUUGUUUUAAAAUAUUAUGAUUUGGCUACAGAGCAGGCAGGGAAAGAGGCCCGGUAAUUGGAGGGUGAGCCUGGGGCGGGGCAGGACGCCCCGGUUUCGGCACAGCCCGGUCACUCACGGCCUCGCUCUCGCCUCGCCCUGGCUCCUGGGCUAUGAUGGUCUGGUGCCAGUGCCUGUGCCCGCUCUGCACCUGCUGGGAGGAGGCCCAGGCUCUCUGGUGGUCACCCCUGUGCACCUGGCCAGGGGAAGCCCCAGGGUCUGGGGCCUCCCUCCGUCUGCACCCACCUUUGCAGAAUAAACUCUUUCCUGGGGUUUGUCUAUCUUUGUUUCUCUCACCCGAGAGAAAUGCAGGUGUUCCAGAGGCUUCCUUGCAGACAAAGCACCCGUGCGCCUCCCAUGGCUCAGGGUGAGGGAGGCCCCCGGCCCUUCUGGUUCGUAGUGAGUGUGGACAGCUUCCCAGCUCUUGGGGUGCAACCCUGAGCGGGUCGGGGGACACAGAGCCAAGGCAGGCCUUCGGGGUCCCGUUUGCCUGCUUCCGAGCAGGGACGAGGCCUGGUGUCCUCGCUCCACCCGCCCACGCUGCUGUCACCUGAGAGGAAUCUGCUUCUUAGGAGUGGGUUGAGCUGAUAGAGAAAAAAUGGCCUUCAGCCCAGGCUGGGAAGCGCCUUCUCCGGGUGCCUCUCCCUCGCCAGCUCUGCACCCCUCUGGGGAGCCUUCCCCACCUUAGCUGUCUCCUGCCCCAGGGAGGGAUGGAGGAGAUAAUUUGCUUGUAUUAAAAACAAAAAAUGGCUGAGGCAGGAGUUUGGGACCAGCCUGGGCUAUAUAGCGAGACCCCAUCACUACACAUUUUUUACAAAUUAGCUGGGUGUGGUGGUGUGCACCUGUGGUCCCAGCUACUCGGGAGGCUGUGGUGGGAGGAUUGCUUGAGUCCAGGAGGUUGAGGCUGCAGUCAGCUCAGAUUGCACCACUGCACUCCAGCCUGGGCAACAGAGUGAGACCCUGUCUCCAAAAAAAAACAAAAAGCAAUGUUUAUAUUAUAAAAUAGUGUCCUAACAGUCCCCGGGCUAGAGAGGACUAAGGAAAACGGAGAGAGUGUUACACAGGAGCAAGCCUUUCAUUUCCUUGGUGGGGGAGGGGGGCGGUUGCCCUGGAGAGGGCCGGGGUCGGGGAGGUCAGGGGGUGUCAGCCAAAACGUGGAGGUGUCCCUCUGCACGCAGCCUUUGCCCGGCGUGGCGCUGACACUGUAUUCUUAUGUUGUUUGAAAAUGCUAUUUAUAUUGUAAAGAAGCGGGCGGGUGCCCCUGCUGCCCUUGUCCCUUGGGGGUCACACCCAUCCCCUGGUGGGCUCCGGGGCGGCCUGCGCAGACGGGCCACAGAAGGGCAGGCCGGAGCUGCACGCUCUCCCCACGAAGCUAUCUCUGUGUCUUACUCUGUGCAAAGACGCGGCAAAACCCAGUGCCCUGGUUUUUUCCCCACCCGAGAUGAAGGAUACGCUGUAUUUUUUGCCUAAUGUCCCUGCCUCUAGGUUCAUAAUGAAUUAAAGGUUCAUGAACGCUGCGAAA